AUGAAUAUUUAUCAUCAUCACGAUGAUUCUUUCGAUUCAGCCCAAUCAAGUGGUGAGUCUUCUCGCAAAAAUUCCAGUCGUCUCAGCGAAUUUCGUCAAUUUGUGAAACGGAAGACAAGUAUUGGAAAGAUGUCACCUUAUAAACAGUUGGCUCGAUCAUUACCUAAUGAAUCUGUCCGUGGACGAAAAUACUCUACUGAUAGUCAAUUUUUUGACAUGGAUGAAUCCGAUGAAGAACGUGGUGGUACCACAACCACAGCACGACGUCAUUUUAGCGUUCCUGAAAAGGAUUAUGCAAUAAUGCGACAAUCCCGAGAACGUCAUUUGGAAGUUGUGACUGCAUUUGAUAGGUACAUGGACCCUUAUAAACAGUACAUGCAAUCGUUGUUAUGCUAUGAUUUAGCACCAGUUCAUGGGUCAGCUUUGCUUCUAUACGGUGACCUAUCAAUGCGCAAAUCACUGUUAGCUCUUUAUCAUUCUGGUCAUGAAGCAGCCGUGAUAAUCAAUCCAUCUAACAAUGCGCCGGAAGGAAUGUUAACUGUAACUGAUUGUCUCCGCGCCGUGAUGGUUUCGCUGAACGUUGAUCCUAAUAUUGGUGAAUGUCCGGUCCGCAACUUCAUCAGAUCGUACGGGAAGAAGAAACUUAUCACUGGAACUGUUAACAUGUCUGUCUGGAAUGCUGGAAGAUUGUUUUGCCUCAACCAUGUCCAUCGGAUACCGAUAUUUCAAACCGAUGAAAGUGACCUACUGAUUGAAAUUCUUUAUCUGUUGUCUUUACGGCGUGUUUUCUGUGAAGCAAUCAUCAAAUUAGUUGAGCCAACGGCUGUAUUGGCUCCUCACGUGAAGCAUCGAACUUUGUAUGAUUCAGGUGUUGGUACCUGGAAUAGUAUUGUUACGAUUUCAAGCGAUGCAUCCUGUGGAGAAGCGAUUAAUGAACUACUUGACAAGAAAUUAUCUUGUAUUGCUGUAGUUAAUGAAUAUAAUAUGAUUCUUGGGAAAAUCAGUAAAAAUGACAUCAUGUAUGAACUUGUUAAGCAUCCUAAAAAUUACUUGGAAAUUAUCGACAUACCUGUAAAGGAUGUAUACCGAGUUCCACCUCUUGGUCGUCCAACUAAUACAGUAUAUGAAAGUAUUAUUCUUUUGCUAUCAACGGAUGAUCAGUGCUUAUUUAUUGUUGAUUGUAAUCAGCGUGUUAUGGGCACUGUUUCAUUUAUCGAUAUUAUGAACUACAUCUUAAAAUCAAGCGAUCGUAAUCACAAAUCAAGUGGGUUUAUAUGA